UUGGCCAGCCUGUUCUCAAACUCCUGACCUCAAGUGAUCCACCUGCCUCAGUCUUUCAAAGUGCUGGGAUUACAGGUGUGAGCCACUACACCCAACCUACAUUCUUAUUUAAUGUAUUUUAAGUCACUCUGCUCAAACAAACAGUAAGAUUUGGAAUCUGAUCUACGGUUCUUAUUUUGGGACAUCAAGGAAAAUUUUCAGCCCAGUGAACUAAACACAAAUCGGCAGGUAAUGUGGUAUAGAACAGUGGCUUUCAAACUGGCUUCAUGAUAAGAAAUUUAUGUUAAAUGAUAACCCAGUGCAUGCACGUGCACACACAGACACGCAGACACAUGCGUGUGCGCGCGCACACACACCCCUACAUCACUGAAACAAAGUAUCGUAAAGCAGUGCUGCACUAGAGGAAAAUGCACAUGAAAGUGACUUAUUAGGAAAUAUUCCCAGGAAAAGAGAAGUGAGGAAGCAGGAGUAGGAAGAGGCCAUGUAAGGGUACAACCGAGCCAAGUCCCAUGGUAGGCAAUUUCGAUUCAUUCCUGCAGAGGGCUUGGGGAACAUCGCAUGUCACACCUCAGAGUCAUUUCAGUAAGAGGGCAAAAGAGCUGGAGUAUGUCUGUCCCCACCCUCAUCAAUCAUUGGCUAAGGGCUGUGACAGGAGGGAAGGGACAUAAAUCCCCAGGCACUUCUAGCUCUCUUGUAUCUUCCAACAGCAUGCUGGUUUUGUGAAAGAAUGCACGCUGGAAUUCAGCUGGUCUACACAGAGAACGCAGAGGGAUCCCAGGUGACAUCAGUAUGUUAAAAGAAUUUCAACAAAGAAACAGCCCUGCUGUUCCAACACGAGUGAGACGGAGAAAGAAAAGAAACAACAAUAGCCCUGAGACAGGCACUUCUGAUGGUUGCCAGUCACCAUGCCAUUCAGCAGCAGGUGGUCCCAAGGAGGGCCCUGCACCAUGUGCCACCAUGAAAGAUCCAGAGGUGCCUCAGAGCGCACAGCAACUACAAAUAGCCCUGGACUCGAGCUCCGUCACAACCAGCGAACUGAAUAACACCAUUGACUUAUUGCCCUCGAGCCGCUGUGGAGCAGUCCUUGAGCAGCAUUUACAGCAGUUUCUACAGGAGCGGGAACUGCUAAAAGCACAGGUGGCAGAGGUGACGGAGUCUCUUAAGAAAGCUCAGCUAGAAAGAGACGCCUACGCUCAAGAGCUCAAAACAGAGAGGGCGCAGUGGCAGCAGGAAUUGCUGAAAAUGGCAGGAGAAAUUGAAAUAUUCAAAAUGGAGAAAAGACAGGACGCAAUUAAAAUUGAGAAGCUGAAGGGGAGCCUUGCCCACCUACAAAACCAUCUGGCUGAACCCCCAAUCCUGAAGCACCCAGCAGGGCACUCUGACUUGGAGAAGAACCUAAAAACUGAAACCAAGUACCUGAGAGAUGAGCUGCGGGAACAGGAGAGACUGCAGGAGGCGAAAAUGCGGCUCCGGGAGCAGGAGAAGAACGAGAACAGGAGCGCACUACAUUUGGAGCAGGAAGGAAAGGAGCUGCAGGAGAAGCUUGGCGAACAGGAGACGGUGCCACUUCUGAACGCUGCUGGAGCCGGUGCCCAGGAGGAGCAGGCACGGCUCUGUGAGCAGCUCCAGAAACAACAGAUGUGCUGCCAGCACCAGGCACACCCAGUGGCCUCAGCCCUGAGGGAGCCAGAGGCAGCGGCCACAGCCACAGGGACUGGGAGCGACCGUGGGUGUGGGGAGACCCAGCGGGCCCUGCAGGGCGCCAUCGACAAGCUGCAGAAUGGCUUCAUGGCCGUCGUGAAGGAAAAUGCGGACCUGAAGGAGCGGGUGGAAAAACUAGAACUCGGACUCAUCCAGCUCUCUGGAGAGAGAGACAUGAUAAGAAAGUCCAUCAAACCAAAUGACCAUCAGACAGCAGUGGCCAAGACCCAGCACCAGAAGAAGAACGAUGUUAGCAUGCUGUCCGAGGCUGAGGAGGGGAUGAAGGUGAAGCUGCUGGAGCUGCAGGGCCCAGUGAUGCAGCUUAUGAUCGAGCACGAGGUCCAGAACCCUGCAAAUGAUUCCACUCCAGGGGCCCCAGCCCCCCAGGAGCUUGGUGCUGCUGACAAGGAUGAAUUUUAUGAGAUGAGCCCGGACGACGACAGCGACAGCCUGGAGCCUGCAGUAGGGAGGGUACACCACACCCCACUGCACCGCAGAUUGCUCACGGCUGUGUGAGCUGCGGGACGGCCAGCAACAUCGACCCUUGGGCAGCAGUCCCUCUAUGCCAUGUUUUUACCCCACUGCUGCGAAGGAGGAGGUAAACAUCACCAUCAGCUAAGAGCUGGCCAAGAAAUUUACGGAAGUAAAGGAAAAAAGUUAUAUGGUUAAUCUUCUACAUGUUACUUUAUUUGAAUGUUAGAGCCACUCAUGAUGAUUUGUGUUUCUAAUUUAUAGUUUAUUUGUAAAAAGUUAAAGGACAGUGGGUCUUCGUGUGGCUUUCACUGAUGUUCACUCUGGCAUCCUUCAGCGUUUUUCAUUUUUAAUUUGAUAAUUGUAGGUCAUUAGCAUGCCUAUUGAGUUUGCCCUUAUGUGGUGGGAGUUCAAACACACAAAGACCCACUAUCGGCAGAAAACCAUUCUCACUAGUUUGGAAUAGGCUGCCAUGGUUUUUAAUGUUAUUGCAGCAUGUAUAUUCAUUAUGGAAUUCAGAUACAAUUUGCUUAUGUUCUGCUAUGGUAGUUGAUGGACUUCUGAUCACAGUGAGCUCUUAAUUAGCUCAAUAUGUGCUUUGCCCUCACGUGCACACUGUUUAUUAUUUGUAAGGUGCCAAUAUGAGUACUGACAUUUAGAGUUGUUGAAAAGCCGAGAACUGGAAACAGCCUUUCUUCUAUGUUCUCUGUAUUGCAAAUGGGAGUAAUAACAUUUUCGGGAGCUUUUAAAAUCUCACAGAAGAGGAAAGUGGCCUGCUCUGGCAGGUAUGUGCAGAAUAGAGUAUUUCAUUCAUUCCCAUGCCAAGAACGAGCGCUGUGCUGUGGCAGUUCUUUUAGGGUUUUUCCGUGCCCUGGGCUCAUGAAGAUACUGCAUCAUGAACUGCAGCAGCUGUACUUUUUUGAUGACCUAAAAAGGGAUGAUUUCUGAGGAAUAAAAGGCUCCCAUCUUUGACAGUGGAUAUGGAAAACCUUUCCUAGCUUAGAGCAUUUAUAUCUAUAAUAUGUUGUAAAGUCAGUGUUCAUGUUGCCUGUUUUAAGCACAUGACUCCAAGUCUCAGUACACAAAAGGGCACUAGUUAGCAUUCUUCUUAACGUAUUCGUAAAGAUCAUAAGAAAUCCUUUAAGAUAAAGUGUAAUAUAUAUAUAUAUAUAUAUGAAUGGAACUUUGUAUCAUAGAGUGGGUAGGCACUAAGUAUUGAUGACUGAACAGUUAAUGUUUUAGGACACUUGGUAUAGUGCCUUGCACACAGAAAGAGACCACGGAUGAGAUUAUCCUUUUGUAUCAUUUCACAAUUUUACAAAUUGCUAUUUAUUACAGUUCACAUGGGAAGUUGCUGAUAAAAUGUCCAUUUUUAUAAAACAUCUCCAAAAAAAAAAGAGAAAUUUUUUAAGAGUUUAAGUGUCCAGAAAAAAACAGAAAAUUAAAAAAAAAAUUUUUUUUAAAGUUUAAAUGUCCCUAGAACAGGCAUACAGGUUCUAGUCAAGAAUGAACUAGAGUGCAGGAAAGCCGUGUGACACCUGGCAUCCCUCUGUGUUCAUGGAGCUUCUUUGAGGCUACAAGACUGAUUUGACCAUCCAGACUUCUCUGGCUAAUACCUAUUCUUCAACCACCUUGGUUACUCUGACAUAGGAAUUGCCUUCUUUUUCUUGAAUAGAAAGAACUUUAAACAAUAAUCACAAACAAAAAAUAAU